AUGAAAAUGGUUAUUUAUGGAGUUUAUAUUGUUAGCAAAUCUGGUGGACUGAUAUAUAACUAUGAUCACAAUAUUCCGAAAGUAGAAACUGAAAAAACAUUUGGAUAUCCAUUAGAUAUUAAAUUAGAAUACGAAAAUAAGAAAGUUGUUGUUGUUUUUGGACAGAGAGAUGGAAUAAAUGUUAGUCAUGUGUUGCUGACUGUUAAUGGAUCUCCUGUAAAUGGCCGGACCACGGAAGACGGCAGAGAUGUUUUUGAAGUUAUAGAACAAAAAGAAAACUAUCCCCUUAGCCUAAAAUUUGGACGACCCAGAGCUACGACGAACGAGAAGAUCGUGCUCGCCAGUAUGUUCUAUCCACUGUUUGCUCUGGCCAGUCAGCUGAGUCCUGUUCCCAAAUCUUCAGGAAUUGAAACUCUGACAGCCGAUACAUUCAAACUUUCCUGUUUUCAAACACUAACAGGAGUGAAGUUCAUAGUAGUGACGGAUCCUAACAUGCAGGGUGCGGACAUCGUUCUUAAGAGGAUCUAUGAGUUGUACUCGGAUUACGCUCUCAAGAACCCCUUCUACUCCCUGGAGAUGCCCAUCAGGUGUGAACUGUUUGACACCUCGCUUCAUACUCUGUUAGAACUGGUGGAGAAAUCUGGAACAUCUAAUUUAUAA